GACCCUCAUAGUUCCACAUCCCCCCUAAGGAGCGUCGUUCCCGCAGACAAACCUUAGCAUCAAGAGCCCCAUCCUCCACGACAAAAGACGAUUCCGUAAGCCAGGAAACGUGGCCACCAAGGCCUCUGGAUUCCUCCAGGUCCGAAGGUGCAGAUGGGGUCAGCGUCUUGAAGGAGUUCUCCCCGGAGGAGAGGGAGAAGCCGUUCCGCCCUGUCCUGAGCAGGGAACACCCAGCGUAUCCUAUACACGCCUGGGAUUUGGGACUCAUUGGCUCAGUCGCGUUUAUUGAGCGCUUACUGUGUGCACUGAGCGCUCGGGAGAGGACAGCAGAAAAAAAUCAACAGACCCGUUCCCUGCCCGCUUGGAGCACGGCGGCGAAGACGGAGGGGAGGCUUGGUCCAAAGCGGGAGGAAGAAGCCUUUUCUUCCGGCCUCACUGGAGCCUGGGAUUGGUGUCCCAUGGCGUUGGGAUGCAAGAGGAAAGCUAGUGUGGAAGAGGGCGAAGGAAGGCCCCGCUUUGGCCAGGAGGAGGCUGAGGACUUCAUCGACUUAACCCAGGAGGCGACGCCGAUGACUGUGGAGGUGAUCGACCUGACGGGGCCGGACGACGACGACGACGACCACGCUGACCGGGACCCGCGCGUGACCCUGGGUCCCUCGGGGGCCACCCGGCGCAUCAAAGCUGAAGAGGGGUGGACAGACGGCAGCCACGAUCCUCCGCGUUGCCCCCCUCCGGGGUCCGGCGUGGAGCCGGGCUGCAGCCCCACUUCGCGGAGGGGUGACCUGGGGUCCCGGCGGCUCGUCCCCGACACCCCCGCCCCGUCGCCGGCGGCCCAGGACGAGUCCGAAGACCUGCCACCUGCCCCGUUCGCCAGCCCGUCCUGGGCAGAGGGGCCCCGGGCCGCCAGCUGGGCCCGUGGCCAGCCCUGUUUGCACAGACUGAGGUAUUUCCAGAGACCCCCAGUGCACCAUCUCUUCUUCCAGAGCCUCAUACAGGACAAGGAUGCAGUAGAGAGGCAGGGGAUCCGCCUGGCGGAGCCCAUCCCGCAGAGGAGGCUGAGGAUGAUCGCGGGCACCGUGGAGGAGGACUUCCCCCUGGCCACGCUGCAGCUCCUCACGGACUUCGUGUCGCCCCGUCACUACCCGCCGGGGGACAUGGUGGCCCACGUCAUCCGCCGGAUCCUGCUGGUGGCCGACGGCUCAGAGCUCCUCAAAGACGCCUACGUGCUGCUCAUGAAGAUCCAGCAGCUGCACCCCGCCAACAUCAACUCCGUGGAGUGGGACUGGCAGCUGCUUACGUACGUCAUGGAGGAGAAGAAACCGCUGCCCGGCCGCCUCUACUUCCUGCGCUACGUGGUGCAGACGCUGCAGGACGACUUCCAGAUGGCCCUGCGCCGUCGCUGGCAGCAGCUGCAGCAGUCCUUCGUCAGCGCCGUGCUCUCCUGCGACAAGCAGCCGCACAACAUCAGGGACGUGAUCUCCUGGCUGGUCCGCGAAGUGGCCAGCAUGGAGCCCACCCGGGACCAGGGCAGCGGGCCGAACCCCGGGCGCCACGGGACGGGCUGCAGUCAGCAGGCGGUGUGUUGCCUGCAGCGGAUGCUGUCCAUAGCGGUGGAGGUGGACCGCUCGCCCACCUGCAGCUCCGCCAAGAUCGCCAACAAGAUGUUCGACCUGGUGCUGGCCAUCCCCGAGCGCAGCCAGAGGAGGACCUUCUUCACCACCAUGGAGAGCCAUCUUCUCCGCUGCAAACUGCUGGAGAUGAUGUUCCUUCACAGCUGCAAGGAGCCCACCAACCUGCCGCUGUCCCUGGCUCAGGCCCUGCACUUCCUGGCCAAUGCCACCUCUCUGCUGCCCUGCCAGGGCGAGGAAGGGAAGUGGCAGAGUUGGGACGAGCUGAUGGAACAUUUACAGUUACUCCUCAUCAGUUACCAGCACGUUUUAACAGGGCACUUACGCAGCUCGGUGACGGAGCGCAAGGACCUGCUCAUCAAGAGGGCGCAGGCGCAGUCGCAGGCGGGCGACGACGUGACGCCGGAGGACGUGGAGCUGGGCCUGCACAUCCUCCGCCAGCGCCUGCUGCACGUGCUGGGCGCCCCGCUGGCCCCGCCCCUCCAGCGCACCCUCCUCCUCCUCAGGCACCUCUUCCUCGCCCUCCUCCCCCCCCAGCCCCCAGCCUCCUCUCAUUGGCUGCGCCCUGGCCCCGCCCCUCCUCUAGCCACGCCCCUGCAGCUCAUACGCCCCGCCUUCUCAUUGGCCGCGGCGCAGACCCCUAGUUCUCUCAUUGGCCGCGGCGCAGACCCCUCGUUCUCUCAUUGGCCGCGGCGCAGACCCCUCGUUCUCUCAUUGGCCGCGGCGCAGACCCCUAGUUCUCUCAUUGGCCGCGGCGCAGACCCCUAGUUGAUAUUGAUGGGAUUUGUUAAGCGCUUACUAUGUGCAAAGCACUGUUCUAAGCGCUGGGGGGGAUAC